GUAUCCAUUAUUUAUUAUAGUUAUUUCUUUUGAAUUUUUUUCGAUUUCCUUUGUUAAAAUCAUGGAUGAGUUUGGUUGCUUUGAUCCCAAGCAGCCUACUAGCGACAAGGUACCGGAUUGGCGCACUUCAACCUAUCGCGGACAUCGUCACAUUACGGACACACGACUGGGCACUAAGUUGAGCGCUCCAACUGAGUGCUCCAAUAAGGGUAUUUAUGUGCGAGAUCCGUUGCUGCACGAUAAGCAGUACACCGAAGUGAGCGCCAAUUACACGUGGAAGUAUGGCGAUCCCAAUAUUUUGCGCAAUCCGUCGCUUAACAUGAAGACACAGUUCAUGAAGCGCUUUGAGGAGGGCAAUCUGCGUUUUGUGAAACGCAAGAUUAAGCCCAUGACGAGCGUGUCCCAGGACACGUAUACAUUCGUUGAGCUGCCAUUUGAAAAUGAUCCGCUGCCAAUGCAUAUGCCCACACCAGUGGAGCCCCCCAAAAUAAUCAUAGAUCGUUCGAAAAUUGGCUAUACCAAGUAUUUGGAUCCAGCAGCCACCACAUACAAUCUAUCCUAUGUGCAUUUUACGCCACAUGAUCUGCAGGCAAGCAUUGCGGCCCACGAUAAUAUCACAUUUUGGAACUGGGCACAGAAUGGUCCCGCCGACACACACGUUUCUCGUGUUGCAAACGAAAACAUGUGCGAUGAGGCUAAUGCACACGAAUGCCCCAAACGCCGCUUGGAGUAUCAGAAUCAGCUUAAACGAGUACCGCACACCGGUCUCGUCACCGAGGUGCGCGACAACUAUGUGGAUCCCAAGCUGAACAAAGAAUAUAUCGAAUAUGAUAUAACCGAUGUGAAGCCAAUUCUUGUCUCGGAGGCGGUUACACCGUUUGCCAAGAUCAGCGAGUAUGGCGUCUAUGGUUCCGGUAAUUCGGUGCUUAAAUAUGUUUAGACAGUUUGAAUUUUAUUUGAAACAGCGAAAUAUAUUCAGGUUUAUUUUA